AUGAACGCCCAAGAGCUCCAGAACUUCCUGGCGGAUUCUCCUCCCAGCACCGUCAACCUCGUGAUCAAGAAGCACUUCGAUGCUUUGUCAGAUCAGGAAGCCCGCUAUGCCCACUACAUUAGCAGAGCUGCCUUCACUGGAACUCGUAUCACACUUCGCCAAGUGUCUCCCGAAUCCGAGAGCAUUUUCGAUUUCGUAAUCGAACUCUACAAGAGUUGUAAUGGAGAUUGGAAGUCCCUUCAACAGAAGGCCGGAGUAAGUGACGAAGAUCUGAAGUACUUCCUGGAAUAUGCAGUACAAUUCCUCGGAAACUGUGGUAACUACAAGGGGUUCGGAGACUCUAAAUUCGUUCCCCGAUGCGGAGAGAAAGCGUUUGAUGCUUUGGCAUCCGUCUCGCCAGAGGCAAAUGCACAAUAUAAGGCCACCAAAGGUGGAAUCUUCUCCAAUGACAACUCUGGAAUGAUGCAUCUAGGAUAUCUAGAUGAAGGUCAUAUGACAACGUACUAUCCCGAUUCACAUGGUAUUACCAAGGCAGAUAUUUCCGGAGUCUCGAAGUUUCUAGAGAAAAUAGGCCUACUUGUGGAGAACACAAGAUUAAGAAAGAACGCCGAUGGCAGCUUUGACCUGUUGAUUGCAUCAGAAGUCACCAAGGUCCCCGAAAACGGUGGGGAUGUUGGCAAAGAGACCGAGUUUGAGAUCGAUAGUGGCUCAUUGCAAGGCAAGAAAUUGAGGCUGGUCUACGGUGACCACUCGAAGGAAAUGGGAAUAAUCACCGGCUAUCAUAAGAAGGCGGCCGAAAAUGCUGCGAAUGACAACCAAAGGAAUAUGCAACUCGCCUAUGCCAAGUCAUUUGAAGAAGGGUCUCUAGAAGCUUUCAAGGACUCCCAAAGAUACUGGAUCCGUGACAAAGGCCCUAUGGUGGAGUCGAAUAUUGGCUUCGUUGAGACAUAUAGGGAUCCCCAUGGUGUCAGGGGAGAAUGGGAAGGAUUUGCCGCGACAGUCAAUCUAGAACGCACCCGAGCCUUUGGCGCUCUUGUUGAUGCCGCGGAGUCCAUGAUCCCGAAGCUCCCAUGGUCCAAGGAAUUCGAGAAGGAUGAAUUUUUAAGUCCUGACUUUACAAGCUUGGAAGUUCUAUCAUUUGCCGGCUCUGGUAUCCCUGCGGGAAUCAACAUUCCGAAUUAUGAUGAUAUUCGACAAUCGGAAGGUUUUAAGAAUGUCUCCUUGGGCAACGUACUCAGUGCCAAAGCGCCAGAUGAGAAGAUCCCAUUCAUUGCCGAAGAGGAUCUAGAAAUUUAUCAAAAGUACCGCGAUCCUGCCUUUGAAGUUCAAGUGGGAAUCCACGAGCUUCUCGGACAUGGCACCGGUAAACUACUGCAGGAGACGUCUCCCGGCACCUUCAAUUUCGAUAAGUCUUCUCCGCCGAUCAGCCCCAUCACGGAUAAACCAAUUACAACGUAUUACAAGGUGGGUGAGACCUGGGGCUCUGUCUUCGGUAGCAUUGCCUCAAGUUACGAGGAGUGUCGAGCAGAAUGUGUGGCAAUGGCACUGUCCUGUGACUUUGAGAUUCUAAAGAUCUUCGGAUUUGGAGACGGGACGCCGGACAUGGAUGGCGAAGCUGGAGAUGUGCUCUAUGCUGCCUACCUCUCAAUGGCUCGAGCAGGCAUUGCCUCUUUGGAGUUGUGGGAUCCUAAGAGCCGAAAAUGGGGCCAGGCCCAUUCUCAAGCUCGCUUCAGUAUCUUGAAAUGCUUUCUUGAAUCAGAAGAUGAGUUCUGCCGAUUGGACUACAAAAAUGAGGAUCUCUCCGACUUGACUAUCAAGGUCGAUCGAAGCAAGAUCACCACAGCCGGAAGGAAAGCGGUAGAAGCCUACCUCCAAAAGCUGCACAUUUACAAAUCAACUGCUGACGUGGACGCUGGAACGAAAUAUUAUAAUGAAAUGACGGAGGUGGAGCCAGUGUUCUGGGGCGAGAAGAUCAGGAAUGAAGUUCUCAGAAACAAGCAGCCUAGAAAGGUAUUUGUGCAGGCAAAUACGGUCCUUGAUGAGAAGACUGGCAAGGUGUCUCUGGUGGAGUAUGAACCUUCUUUGGAGGGCAUGAUUAAGAGCUAUGCGGAAAGAAACGUUUAA